AUGCCAGAGGCUACAGAAUUUGACGAAACAAAUGUCAAUUUAAAUGAGGUCGACUUCUCCGACUUGGAGGAGAAGUACAAAGUGCAAGCUCCAGAUGGAUUCAUAAACAAGUUUGUCGUGUGUGAUGGAACUCCAGUGGCUCCAGAAUCAAAAGCACCAGUUUUGAAGAAAGUUUUGGCCAAAUUAUUUGGUCAAUGUGGUAAGAUUGAACGUUUGGAUGUUCCUGUCAAUGAAGGAAAGACCACGGGUUAUGUGUUCGUUGAGUAUUCAAACGCUCAGAUGGCUCUCAACGCCAUCAAGCACUUGAAUGGCAAGAAAUUAGAUGUCAAGCAUAGACUUCUGGUCAACAAGCUUUCUGAUAUCGAGAAGUAUGUACUGUCGGGAAAAGUUAAGGACGAAUUCGAUGAGCCAAAGAUCCCUGAAUUUCAAAGUCAUGGAUAUAUGAAGUCAAAUCUUCGGGAUGCUGCAGGACGUGACCAAUACUUGUUGCAUCAAAACGAUGAAGUUGGUGUUUAUUGGUUCAAGAGAAACUUAAAGCCUGAGCCGGCAAUCAGUCCAAGAUCUCAGUGGACGUCAGCUUUUAUGAAGUGGUCUCCUAAAGGUACUUAUCUAUUCUCGUUGUUCCCUAACGGUAUUCAAUGUUGGGGAGGUGCCGACUUUGAGAGAAUCAGUAGAUUUUUCCAUCCAAGUGUCAGAUUGGUCGAUUGUUCACCAAACGAAAAGUAUUUGGUGACUCUUUCUCCAGAGCCUAUCGCCCUCCCUCCAGAUGAUCAUCCUUCCAGAGCCAGCUUCCUAUUUGGGCCCGAAAGUCAGGGCCAUAAGUUGGUUAUUUGGGAUAUCAGAACAAGUUUACCUGUGAAAACGUUUGCUCUACCACCCAAUUUGGAAAACCAGGCUAGCAUGCCAUGGCCUUUAAUAAAAUGGUCCUAUAAUGACAAAUAUUGUGCCAGAAUGGGACCCGAUGCUUUAGCUGUGUACGAUGUUGAGAACGAUUUCUCCUUGAUUGACAAGAAAUUGGUUAAAAUUUCUGGAAUUAUGGACUUUGAGUUUGCGCCAGGUGGAGUCAAAUUGGCUGCCAACAGAAAGAGUGAUCCGCCGGAGGUUGUAUUAUCUUACUGGACUCCAGAGUCGUCCAACCAGUCUGCCAGAUGCUCUGUUAUGCAACUUCCCUCCAGAAGUGUUUUAAGAACCGUUAACUUAGUCCAGGUUAGUGAUUGUCAACUCUUCUGGCAGGGCCAAGGAAAGUACCUUUGCUGCAGAGUUAAUAGACAUACCAAAUCUAAAAAGACUAGGUUUACCAAUCUGCAGAUUUUCCAGCUUGAAGAAAGGGACAUUCCAGUGGAAUCAAUUGAUUUGCAAGACGUUGUCAUCGAGAUAGCUUGGGAACCAAGAGGAAAGAGGUUUGUUACAAUUUCUAGACCCGAUUCUUCGGAGAACAACCCCGCUUUCCCUACAAAUUCAUUGACGUUCUAUGAUACGGAAGAAGUGAAGAAGGGUAAAGGUAUCAUGGUUCCGAUCAAAAGAUGGAUACCCUUCAAGACAACUGCUGGUAAGUACUCAAACGUUGUGAAGUUCUCUCCGAAGGGAAGGUUUGUCGUUAUGGCCGCAAUGAGAGACGUCAAAGGAGAGUUGGAGUUCUACGAUUUGGACUUUGAUGGUGAAAAGCCAAAGGAUCAGUCUAAGAAGGUCGCAUCUAAUGUCAAGAUGUUGGCUACCCACCAGUAUCAAGGUUUAACUAACCUAGAGUGGGAAGUUUCUGGAAGAUUUAUUGCGGGAUGGUCCUCAUCUUGGAAGCAUAAGAUAGAGAACGGCUUCAAGAUUUAUGAUUGCAUUGGACGUUUACUAAGGGAAGAGAUAAUUGAUGGUUUCAAAGAAUUCGAAUGGAGACCUAGACCAAAAAGUUUGUUAACCAAGGGAGACAAAAAAAAGGUUAGAAAGAGUUUGAGAGAAUAUUCGGCUCAAUUCGAGGAGGAGGACGCCAUGGAAGCCAACGCCGAGUUGAGAGAGCAGAUUCUAAGAAGAAAGAAAUUGCUCCAUGACUGGCGCUCUUGGAGAAUGUCUGUCGAUGAGAAGCUAGAGAAGAUGAAUUUGGUAGCUCAUAGAGACGAAGGAAAGGUAGAAGUUAUUGAAGAGAUCAAGGAGAUAGUGUUAGAUGAGAAGGAAGAGAUUGUGGAGUGA